GCAGGGGCUAGAGGAGGUGCACAAGCAAGAGAAGAGACACAAGAGACCAGAGAAAGUUUUCCCAACUGCCUGCUGGACAAGAUGAAGGCUGCACUGCUGCUGCUGUUAGUCACUAUCACUGCUGUGACAACUGUAGCCGGAGGGAAAAACAAAGAGAAAAACAAACCCUCCCAGCAUGGGUCAGAAUGCACUGACUGGCGCUAUGGCAACUGUGUGCCUAGCAACGGGGACUGUGGAGCAGGAUUUAGAGAGGGGUCAUGUGACCAGCAGACCAAGAAGAUGAAAUGUAAAGUACCUUGCAACUGGAAAAAAGAGUUUGGAGCUGACUGUAAGUAUCGGUUUGGAAGUUGGGGGGAGUGUGACGCAAGCUCUGGCUCAAAGACCAGGACAGGAACAUUGAAGAAGGCUCUGUACAACGCAGAGUGUCAAGCGACGAUUUCUGUCUCCAAACCCUGCCCAGGAAAAACAAGAGAAAAACCAAAGGAAAGAAAACAGAAGUCAAGGGGGCAGUCAAGAGGCUUCCGAGUCAAAGACAAAAUCGAAACAAAGCAGUAAUUGUCAAACGCAGCCGUCUUCUGACAUCUUCACCUAUUGAUUUACAGCCUGAUUUCCACACACAUCGUUUUAAGGUUUCUUCAGACUUCCAAAAACAUCGUGACUAAGCAGACGACAGGCAUCUCCCUGAUGUGUUGCUUCAUAAACAGCCAAACUGAAGUGCAUUUGGAAUAUUCAUAUUAUUAAUCUCACUUAAGUCCACCGUCCAUGUUCAGAAUUGUGAAAAACGUUGGCCGUGGGCGUUCUCAAUAUCGGAGAUGUCACUUUCAAACGUUUAAUAGAAUAAAUAGAAUAAAGACCCGUGGAUUACAGCUCCUCUGUGGCCACACAACAAACGAGAACUAAUGUCAUUUUCAUAUUGCCCAUGUUUUGGCUCGGAAUUAUUACAUUCAUCUUGGAUGUGUCUGUAGCACAAAUGGGCAAACUUUGUAAUAUGUGUGAGAUAAUUGUGGUUAAAAAAAAACACAGAGCCAAGAACCUGAUGCUUUUCUCUAAUUCUAACCACCGUAGCUCGUAGUUAAUGAAACAGUGUGUGAAAUGUCAGCUGUGAUAAUUGUCCUAGGACCACAAACGCCGCCUAUUAUACAUUACUUUUCUUUCAUUUUACAUUUUUAUAAACAUUUUCCUCUUUUUCCUAAUUUUGAAACAUUCCCCCCUCUCUUUUUCUCUUUAGAAAGGUCAUAUUAUCUCCUGUAGAUGGUUUACUGCUGCAGUGUUAUUUCCAGUGUUUCCUUUGUUUAUUAAAAUUUAACACCAUAA